AAACCGGUUGACUGUUCCAGACGCGUGUCCGUGCGUCCAGACGCUCAGUGCAGUGCAGUGAAGACUAGUGUCCAGCAGUAGAAAAUUCCUGAAUUUUCUCCGGAACACAACAGGGGUAUUCUUCUAGAAAGUGUUCCGACCGUGGUCAGAUAGUCGUUGGUGGUUUUUGUUGUAUUUCUAGAUCCGGAAAGCAACAACCGAACAGAGUCAAGAUGCCGGAAGCCGCCGCCGCCGAUGUGGAAACCUUCGCGUUCCAGGCUGAGAUCGCUCAGCUGAUGUCGCUGAUCAUCAACACCUUCUACUCGAACAAGGAAAUCUUCCUUCGGGAGUUGAUCUCCAACUCGUCCGAUGCCCUGGACAAGAUCCGCUACGAGUCGCUGACCGAUCCCUCAAAAUUGGACAGCGGCAAGGAGCUGUACAUCAAGCUGAUCCCGAACAAGGAAGCCGGAACGCUGACCAUCAUCGACACUGGUAUCGGUAUGACCAAGGCCGAUCUGGUCAACAACCUGGGAACGAUCGCCAAGUCCGGAACGAAGGCGUUCAUGGAAGCCCUGCAGGCCGGAGCUGAUAUCAGCAUGAUCGGUCAGUUCGGUGUGGGUUUCUACUCGUCCUAUCUGGUGGCCGAUAAGGUCAUCGUCACUUCCAAGAGCAACGACGAUGAGCAGUACGUGUGGGAAUCGUCCGCUGGAGGCUCAUUCACCGUCCGCCAGGACACUGGAGAGCCCCUCGGCCGCGGUACCAAGAUCGUCCUACACAUCAAGGAAGAUCAGCUCGAAUACCUGGAGGAGAGCAAGAUCAAGGCUAUCGUGAACAAGCACUCGCAGUUUAUCGGAUACCCGAUCAAGCUUCUGGUUGAAAAGGAACGCGAGAAAGAGGUCAGCGACGACGAGGCCGAUGAGAAGGAUGAGGAAAAGAAGGAAGAGGACAAGAAGGAGGACGAGCCCAAGAUUGAAGACGUCGAGGACGACGAAGAGAAGAAGGACAAGAAGAAGAAGACCGUCAAGGUCAAGUACACCGAAGAUGAGGAACUGAACAAGACCAAGCCCAUCUGGACCCGCAACGCCGACGAUAUCUCCCAGGAAGAGUACGGCGAGUUCUACAAAUCCCUGACCAACGACUGGGAAGAUCACCUGGCCGUCAAGCACUUCUCCGUCGAAGGUCAGCUGGACUUCCGUGCGCUGCUCUUCGUUCCCCGUCGUAUGCCGUUCGAUCUCUUCGAAAACAAGAAGAAGAAGAACAACAUCAAGCUGUACGUCCGUCGCGUCUUCAUCAUGGACAACUGCGAGGAAUUGAUCCCCGACUACCUGAACUUCAUCAAGGGUGUCGUCGACUCCGAGGACUUGCCACUGAACAUCUCCCGUGAAAUGCUGCAGCAGAACAAGAUCCUCAAGGUCAUCCGCAAGAAUCUGGUCAAGAAGUGCCUGGAACUGUUCGAGGAACUCGCCGAAGACAAAGAGACCUACAAGAAGUUCUACGACCAGUUCAGCAAGAACCUGAAGCUCGGCAUCCACGAAGACACCUCCAACCGUCAGAAGUUGGCCGAUCUCCUGCGCUUCAACACAUCCGCCUCCGGAGACGAGUACUGCUCCCUGGGCGAUUACGUUGGCCGCAUGAAGGAGAACCAGAAGCACAUCUAUUUCAUCACCGGCGAGAGCGUCGAGCAGGUCAAGAACUCUGCCUUCGUCGAGCGCGUCAAGAAGCGCGGAUUCGAGGUCAUCUACAUGACUGAGGCCAUCGACGAGUACGUCAUCCAGCAGCUCAAGGAAUACCAGGGCAAGCAGCUGGUGUCCGUCACCAAGGAAGGCCUGGAACUGCCAGAAGACGAGGAAGAGAAGAAGAAGCGCGAAGAGGACAAGGCCAAGUUCGAGAACCUGUGCAAGGUCAUGAAGUCCGUCCUGGACAACAAGGUCGAGAAGGUCGUCGUUUCGAACCGUCUGGUCGAUUCCCCAUGCUGUAUCGUUACCUCCCAGUACGGCUGGUCCGCCAACAUGGAGCGUAUCAUGAAGGCUCAGGCUCUGCGCGAUUCCUCCGCCAUGGGCUACAUGGCCGGCAAGAAGCACAUGGAAAUCAACCCGGAUCACGCGAUCAUUGAAACCCUGAGGCAACGUGCUGAAGCCGACAAGAACGACAAGGCCGUCAAGGAUCUGGUCAUCCUGUUGUUUGAGACUGCCCUGCUCUCGUCCGGUUUCUCCCUGGAUGAACCCGGAGUGCACGCGUCCCGCAUCUACCGUAUGGUCAAGCUGGGUCUCGGAAUCGAUGAGGACGAGCCUGUCAGCACCGAGGAAUCCGCUCCGGCCGCCGGUGGUGAUGCUCCACCACUAGUGGACGACGCCGAGGAUGCCUCCCACAUGGAGGAAGUCGAUUAAACCGUUCGAUCGUGUAACAAAGUGUAACACACGCAACGCUUUUGUUGAAAGAGACUGACUGCCGCGUGUUUGGUUUUUGCCGUGUUUUAACGGUCUGAUGAAGAGCGGGAGAGAUGAUUGCAUUGGAUCAAAAGCUUUUAAUUGAAACGUUUACACAAUCUAGACGCCUAAACCAUUGAAGAAGCUUUCUCUUUUGACAAGAGGGUUCCUAAGCUAAUCUAAUGAUAACUUGCAUUACAUUGUAAAUGUAGUUUGUAAAUCGUACUUACGUGUAUUUAACCUGUUCAAAACCUAACUCUACAUCGGAAACAAUAAAAAUGAUAAUGGUCAGAACAUAGC